UUGAGCGUGUCGGCGCGCGCAUACAGAGAUGGACUCGCGGACAGAGUGAGGAGAGCUCGAGACAGUCCUCAUCAUUUGAAGAAUCAGAGCACGCGGAUACAUGCUGCUUGUGAUCAGCUGAUCGAUCUGUGAGAUUAUUGAUGGUCAGGAUUGUAAUCCGGAUUAAACUCUGUUUCAAACUAAAUCUGCACGAGAGGAGCUGCGCGCGGACAUGACGCAGAGGUACGAGGACCUGUCUCAUUUCGGGGGGGGCAUGGACGGUGUCGGGGUCCCUUCCUCCAUGUACGGAGACCCGCACGCGCCGCGGCCGCUGCCGCAGGUCCACCACCUGAACCACGGGCCGCCCCCGCACCCCCCGCAGCACUACGGAGCGCACGCGCCGCACAACAUCUUGCCCGCGAGCGUGGGGGGAGUGGUGAACGACGUGCUGAAGAGGGACAAGGACCUGGUCUACGGGCACCCUCUGUUCCCGCUCCUCGCGCUGGUCUUCGAGAAGUGUGAGCUCGCGACCUGCACGCCCAGAGAGCCAGGUGUGGCGGGAGGUGACGUCUGCUCCUCGGACUCCUUCAACGAGGACAUCGCCGUGUUCGCAAAACAGAUCCGCGCAGAGAAACCUUUAUUCUCUUCAAACCCGGAGCUCGACAAUCUGAUGAUCCAGGCGAUCCAGGUGCUCCGCUUCCACCUGCUGGAACUCGAGAAGGUGCACGAGCUGUGUGAUAACUUCUGUCACCGGUACAUCAGCUGUCUGAAGGGGAAGAUGCCCAUAGACCUGGUCAUCGAGGACCGGGACGUCUGCAAGGCCGACUUCGACGACCUGUCCGGAUCCUCCACACACCUGGCAGACCACAACACGGCGUCCUGGAGAGACUUGGACGACACCCACUCCACACCGUCUGUGGGGACACCGGGGCCGUCCAGCGGGGGACACGUCUCUCAGAGCGGGGACAACAGCAGCGACCUGGGAGACGGCCUCGACCACAGCCUGGCGUCGCCGGGGACAGGAGACGAGGACGAUCAGGACAAGAAGAGGCAGAAGAAACGAGGAAUCUUCCCUAAAGUGGCCACGAACAUCAUGAGAGCGUGGCUGUUCCAGCACCUCACACACCCGUACCCCUCAGAGGAACAGAAAAAGCAGCUCGCACAGGACACAGGCCUCACCAUCCUGCAGGUCAACAACUGGUUUAUCAAUGCGAGGAGGAGAAUAGUUCAGCCCAUGAUUGAUCAGUCCAACAGAUCAGUUAGUCAGGGUAACGCCUACAGUCCAGACGGUCAGCCAAUGGGAAGCUUUGUUCUUGAUGGACAGCAGCACAUGGGCCUCAGAGGAGGUCCGAUGGGGGGCAUGGGGAUGAACAUGGGGAUGGAUGGACAGUGGCACUACAUGUAGACCGGUUUUGAGGCCUGAAUCUCUUACAGGGUAAAGUCUCCAUGGUGACUCAGGGAUCUUCUUCCAUCAGGCUGUGGGCUCAGAACCAGCACCCCUGCCUGCCCAAAAGGAUCUGUACCUGAUCACCUGACCAACCCCCCCCC